AUGGCGUCCAAACAACCUCGUGGUGGCAACAAGACCAAAAAGUGGAAAAGGACAAAUGACAUGGUAAAAGACCUUUUAACGUUUAUUAAAGAAUAUAAGUCGAAGAAAGAGUUCGAGGGUGUCGACUUUGAAGCGGAUCUCGUAGUAUUUUACGAAGAAUUGCGAAGAUUGAUGUCGAUUAACUUCGACGAUAGCGAUUUUGGUCCAGUAUCCGUAUCUGAAAGUCCAAUGCCUUUGCAGGAGAUGAAUGAAAAGGAAUUGAAAGAAUUUAACAACGAAGUUAAAGUUGAAAAAAGCGCAAUUAAAAAAGGGUAUGAUCGAGUUAAAGAGAAAAUAAAAGCUCUCAGACAGGACUAUCGUAAUGCUGUAAACACUAGUACAACAUCUGGAAGUGGCAGAAUAAUACGAGACAACUGGGAGGAUUUAACGGAAAUUUGGGCUGGUUCACCUGCGACAAAGGCUAUAGCCAAUGGUUGCACAACUCGAGAGAUCAAUGGAGAAAGUAUAAGCACUGGUUUUGUGGAGACUGAUGAUGAGGAAACAUUUAUGAACAAUCUCUUCGAGAAAGAGGAUGAUGCCAACUCACAGGUUAAGCAGCCAGAAUUACAAGAUGUAGAGAACAACAGUGAAUCGGAGGAGAGUGACACCACACUAGAUUCUAGAAAGAGAAUUGUUCCAGUCAACUCCACUCCAAAGUUUGUCGACAACAAAAGAAAGAAGUUAGAGAAGCAGUUGUCGGCAAAGCAAAGAGAUAUGGUUCUUAUGAAUGCAGCAAAGAAAGAAAUUGAUUUGAAAACUAGUAUUGCCCAUGGGUUGCUGGAGUCAAACAAAGGUAUUAACAGUGCAAUGAGUAAAAUGGCAGACUCCAUUAGUUCCCUAGGAACUGGACUAGUUCAGGGAUUUGGAUUGCUUGCCCAGGCAUUAUCUCAAAACCAACAACAACAACAACAACAAAAUCACCCAGCCUUUGGGAACUUUGGUGUGAAUUAUCAACCAUUAGCAGGGUUCCCCAAUACCCAGUACCACAGUCAACGUAUAAAUCACCAACGGGCUGCUACUCAGUCUCAGCAAUCUGAAUCAGGUGGUGCAGAUAAGGGCUAUGUCACUUUGGAGUGA